AAUGUUUGCUCCGUUUUAAUUUGUUUGAAAUAUUUUUGUUGGAAACUGUUAUGAAAUGGACAUGGACAGUUUUCUUCAGAAGCUUCUCUUUGAAUACAUGGAAUAAAAUAUGUCAAUAAUAAUCUCAAUUAAGCCAGCAGAUUUUGAAGAACUUAGAGAAGACGACGCAGCGUUCGGAAUUGACUCACCGAUAAAUCCCCCGUCCAUAUCUAGCGCCACUGUAAUUGAGGCAUUAGAGACCAAAAAAGUACCUGCACCAUGGAAGAAUUGAACGCUAACGAGGAGAUUCGAAGGACAAUAAAACCUAGGAGGAAGAAGGAUUUGCGUGGUCCCGUACCCUUCAUACUCAUCAUUUGCGGCACUCUCGUUUACUACCACUGUGUUUAUCGGAAUGCCAGUAUCGUCUCUCUCGUCUCUGACGUCUUUAUUGUAAUCAUUUGUUCCCUCGCUAUUCUCGGACUCCUGUAUCGCCAGAUGAACAUUUCGGUUCCUGUGGAUCCACUAGAAUGGCAGAUCUCACAGAACACCGCGAAUCGCGUCCUUGCCUGCAUUGCUAAUACUAUCGGCGCUGCUGAGUCUGUUCUCCGCGUUUCUGCUACCGGACAUGAUAAGCGCUUGUUCGUUAAGGUUGUGGUUACUCUUUAUGUGCUAUCGGUUUUGGGAAGGAUAGCAUCAGGUGUUACUGUUGCCUAUGCCGGACUCUGUUUUCUUUGCCUUUACAUGCUUGCUGAGAAUUCUCAGCUGAUUAGCGUAUGUUUGUGGAGUCAACCAAGGAGAAAGGACUCAAGAGAAACAGUUCAGAGCGACUAGGGUGUUUUGCUCAGUCCACGGAGCAUAUGAAUUGCCUUGGUUUGUAGAUAGACCAAAAGAGGUAAUGAAGGAAUAAGAACAGAAUUUUAAUACCACUGG